CAACCUAUUAUACAUAUACCCCUAAUAGUCCAACUAUUUACACUUUGCCAUCACCUGUUAACCUUUCAACCCGCAUCUAAACCACCACAUAUCAUAGAUUGAAAUUCAAAGCCCCAUCUCUAUCUCCAUCCUCUCAGACUCAGACAAACAAGAUAUUAUUAUCCGCACACCUGCAACUUCAUCUUCAACCGAAUUAACAGGUAACAAACACCAAUCCUUCAUUCAUCUUAUCAAUUCAACAAUCAUCAAUUUAUCGCAGUAUGAGCAAACUCCGAUCGAUUCAUCUGCCGUUGCCGUGGCCGCCGCUGCCGACGGUUACGCCUCCGCCGUUGAUGCUGUACGGACUCAAUCCAACGGCUGCAGAGAACGAAAACGAGUUUCGACACGGUUAGGUCCGGCUCAAGCCCGACGUCACGACAUUCCUCCAUCGUGCGUCCCAGAGUUCUGACACGCGAAGCACGGAGAGCCGAGAACGUUUCCCGCUUGACACAUCAUCAUGACAUCAUCAUGAUGAUGUCUUGAUGAUGUAACAACUUUGACUAAACUUCACAAAUGUUUACAAUCUGCAUGUUUGAAAUUCAUAUACGUGCAUGAGUUUGGGCCAAUCAGAAUGCUCUUUGGGCCGAAACACAUCAACUGGGCCGAACCCCACUAAACAUCUUAUGGGUCGACGAAACAAGAAGUGUUUAGUCGAAUGUUAUUGUGUUUCGUCGACCUAUCUUGUUUCGUCGUUUCUGUCUUGUUUUCGUCGAGUCCUGUUCUGGUUCGUCGAUGUCAGUACUAUAUAUACAGCAAGCUGAGACAGAAACAGUGAGCCCGGAUAAGCUAGAGAGAGAGUGUAGAGAGAGAAAGUUCCGGUGAGCCUUGUAUUUGUCGAAUAUUGUAUCGAAACUUUGUCUAAAUCAAUAAACGUAAUUGUUAAUCGUUGAUAUCUUUACGUCUUGUUCACUCUCUCACUCGGUUUGUAUCGUAACGUGGAUUCCGCACUCGUUACGGUAUUAUAAACAGGAUCUCGUAGUUGUCCGGUGAUUCGCAAACGGACCUUCAAUUGGUAUUAGAGCGUAAGGCUCGAUUUCUUGUUGAAAACCGAGGUUCCGGUGGCAUUUUCGAGUGGGUUUUGAGUCUCUUUUAUGGUUAAAAGUCAAAAACCCAGUUGUGUUCUUGAAGUUCUUAUUUUUUUAAACUCGAAAAUCUGUGUUUGGUUGAUGUUGUUUGGUUUAAAACUUGUUGAAAAGUGUUGGAGAUUAUCAUAAGUACAAUUUGUUUUGAGAUUCGACGUUAAAAUUUAUGUUCGGAAAUCUUUCCGGUGUGUUGUUUGACCGGAAUAAUCGUCGGAAUUCUGUUGAAGAUAAGAUAACGAUUCAAAAUUUUCUGUGAAAAGGGUGUGUAUUUUUUUUUAAUAUAUUUUCUUUCACCAUCUUGGAAGCCAUGUUGUAUCAGUAGAAAAAGUUCACCAACCCUUUACCAACUUUUAUCAACUUUUUAAACUCCCAAGACCAGUGUCAACGAAUAUUUUUUUUUGGGUCAACAUAGAGCAUUUUUGAGUCAAAGAAGGGCAAAGUGUGUUGUCUUAUUGUGGUUAUUCACAAAAUCCAUUAUUCACAAAAUAGGCUACAAAGUUGUUGGCUGGGCCGAAAUCCGUUUGGGCCUCCUUCACGAAAACUAAAGUCUUUCAUUUUAAUUUCUUUGUGGACUUGGUUCGUGGAUUUCAAGAGCUGAGAGAUUUAUUAUUAGUGGAAUUCCUCACAUUCUUCACUGAUAUUUGGGCUAGUAAUUCGUGGACAAUUAUUUGUGGGUCUGUUAUUUGGUUUGGGCUUGGUAACUCAAUUGGGCCAUUCAUCUUUCGUGGCAUAUUAUUGGUGGUCUACUAUUUUUCGUGGAGUUGGUUGUUUGUCGAUAUUGGUUCUUUCACGGUUGGUUCACAGUUGCGUUUUAAUUUGGUUAUUUACAAUUAAUCAUGAGUACACACCUUUGGGGGUCAAGCAUUUUAGGAUCUCAAUCAUCAUAUGAUCCUUCUCAUCAAAGUACACCGAAAAUGACAACAUAUAUGUAUGGUCGUGGAUACCAGAUCCUAAUGCGGAUAUGUAUACGAGUAAAGGUUCAGGUCCAGUCCCUUCAUGGGCUCAGUCUCCCACACGAUCUCAAAUUACGGCAGAACAAUGGGCAUCGGUUACCAAUCAAAAGCAAAGUGAACCGAAAAUGACCACAGACAUAUACGGAAAUCCAAUACAAUCAAUUCCCAAACCAGAAAGAACAACAGACUUGUAUGGAAAUCCAUUACCACCAGUUGCUUCACAACGCCAUCGUUCUACUGUAGCACCAUCAUCUCUUGAUCCAAGGAACUGUAGUCAGACAAAAACGGCGUUGUAUGCUGAAAUUGUCAAAGAUGCCAGCAAUGGUGAAUCCUCGGGAAAUAAUGACAGUUCUGAACAUGACAGUAGUUCAGAUGAAGAUGUUUCAACUUCAGUUGAGGAUGAUACAACUUCAAGUUCAAGCGAGGAUGGAUCUGAAUGUGAAUCAUCAAGGGAGGUUAUUAAUUCUGAUGCAGAAAGGCCAACAUCUGAGAGUGAUUCCAGUAAGGUGUGUGUCGAUGAACCCACUGCUGUUAAUUGUGAUAAUUGUGCUAGAUUAAGCGUUAAAUGUGUUGAUUCGGAGGCAAAUAUGUCUGAGUUGCAAGGCAAACAUGAUGCUUUAAAAGCUAAUUUGUUUGACUUGCAAAACAAACAUGUUGAUUUAGAUGCUAAGUGGUGUGAUUUGCAAAGCAAACAUGAGGCUUUGCAAAACAAGUAUGAUGUGACAUUCAUCCACAACGAAAAGUUGACUGUUGAAUCCUCAUCUGGAAGCUGUGAAAGCAUGAACUUGCUUUACACGUUGAUUGGAUCUGAUAAAAUAUACUCAGACAAUGAUUUUCCAAUCAACAAUGUCAAUCACUCUUUGAUUGAUAAAGUUUUCGAAGAUUCUACCAAUAAGUUUUUGGGAAAGUCGAGCCCAAGAGUUGUAGUAACUCAGUGUGCUCCUAUCCCAAAAUCCGAAGUUAGAAAGAAAUAUGGGAAUCAAAAAUUGCAAAAACAAAACAAUCAACGAAAGCAAAAUCAUGCUGCCCAAGGAAAUGGAAAAGGCAAACAGAGCCAAAACAAGAAAAAGGUUCGGAAAAUAAACUUCGUCAGAUCGAGAGGGACUGAUAAAAUUGAAACUUUCGAAAACAAAUCCAACACGGAUUUUGUUAAACAAAGUAAAAUUUUGAAAAGAAACAGUCAAAACAACUAUACACAACACACAAACGGUUGUGAUGUAGGACCAAGUACCUCAAUAUCACGAAGUUCAUCAUCAAGCUCUUACAGUUAUGAUACUCCGAGGUUUGUUGAGCGGAGAUCAUGCUUUGAAUGCUGUGAGUAUGGACACAUCAUUAAGAAUUGUCCAUAUCUCACCAAGGGAAAGUCAAAGGUUGAACCCCCCAUGGUAACUAUUACCAUAAAAGAUCUGUUUCACCAAAAAAGGACCCUCGUCUUGUUAAACAACGGGAAAUGAAACAGAAAAAGAAACAACGAAAAGAAGUUGAAAAGGUUUUGAAACCAGAGGUUAUCCAAACACAGUCUGUUAAGUUAGAAGUUAAAAAUGAAAAAGAAAAACAGAUUUGGAAACCAAAAUCGGUAACUGUUUCAGGGGGAGCUACACCAAUUCCGAAUCAUCGGGAAAUGGAUGUUACAAUUCUCGAUGAUGACGGACGACCCAAGUCUGUGAAGGCUUGGGUCCCCCUCUCCAACUAAUCUCUGAAUGAGUGUGCAGGAUGUUCCAGGAGGAACUAUUGAUAGUCUCAGGAUUGUUGAUAGUGGAGCGUCCAUGCACAAGAUCGGCGACAUAAGGCUCCAAAAUAUUGUUACAUCUAGGAGAAUAUUGUUGCCUUUGAUGGAGAGAAAGGAAAAAGAAAAGAAGACAAAAAUGUCUGAUGAAAGAAUGUGGUUGAAUGAAGUUGAAAAAUUCGACUAGAUGGAAUAUGUGCCAAAAAAAAUUUGGUUGUUAUGGUUUUUUUUUAUCAGGUCAACAUGAUAGAUUCAAUCAAGAUGUAUGCACCUGCAGCACGUCUGAAGUUCAAAAUUAACAAGAUGAACGUGCAGUGUACAUUUCUUCGCGGUUUGAUUGGAGAAAAUGUGUUUGUUGAACAAACCAACCGGGUGUGCGGAUGCCUUGGCAUGGAUUGAACAACCGCACACUACUUCUCAAAGAGAAAGUCAAUUACCUUCGUUGGUGCAAUGUAAUGUGCAAGUCCAGCCGGACAUGGAGGUUUCUGAUCCUGUUGCUGUGUAGAGCUAACUCGGAUUAAGUGAAGUAGCUACAAAAAUCGACCUUGAAAUCCACACCGGGUGGAUAUCCAGUUUGAGAGAACACUCAAAUUCCUGGCAAUGCACGAAGCAGUUGCAGAUUACGGUUUUAAAUUUCUAAUCUCUUCUAUACUUGUCGAUGGUUAAGCUGCUUUAUGAAUUAUUAUCA